CUCAAUUAUAAUGUUCAUUUAGUUCAUUCAUUUACUCCGUAAGUAUUUGUUGAAUGAUGGUAGUAGUAAUAGCUACCUUGUGUGGUGGGUGACCAGUUGGUAGUGGCAGGUAAGGAACAGGCCCUCUACAGAGUGCUUUAUGCAAUGUCUUAUUUAGUCCUUAUAGAAACUUUAAGAAGUGAGUAAAUAUUGUUACUCUCAAUUCACUUAGAGAGAUUAAAGUUAGUUGACUAAUAAUUUGGUAAGACCAGAUUCUGUCUGCCUCUAAAACCCUCAUUCACUGAGCUAUGAUGUUUCUCUAAAUGAAUGAAUAUAUGAAUCAAAUAUUCAGAUGAAUAUUUGAAUAAGGGACAAGUAAUGAUCAGGAAUAAAAAUCUAUUCAACAUAGUUCCUUUAUAAGAUGAGAGGAAACCAGCAAUAUACACAAUAUAUCCUUGUUUUGUUUUACAAAUUUCAGAACCUACGCAUUGAUAAAAUAUAUUUUCCUAUGUUUUAAAACUAAAUUUAGAAAGAAAAAUAUUGCUGGGUUACUAAUAAAACACAACAUUUAUUCUGUUAGUAUACAUUAUAGGAAUGACCAGAUAUUUCAUGAUACACUUCAAUCUUUGGCUUCUGUAUAACCAGAGAUGUGGAACUCUUUAAAUUAGAGUGGAUUUUCCGAUCGCCAAGCAGUGGUCAUUUUAGGUCAUUGUUAACACCAAGUAGAUUUUGAACUACUGUUUAAAAGUAAAGUUGGGGAUAUCCUGUUAUCAGGCUUCCCAGCUCUCUAGUCUAUAAGUAUCAAUGUAAACUUUCAAUUUAUAAAAAAUAGCAAUUGUUUUGCUCUGUGAAUUUAGGGUAUUCUGAGGAUAAAGGUAAGCAUGAUAUACUUGGAAUUUAUACUACCCAGUCACAGUUAUAAAGAUUUUAGAUUAAAUUAAAAAGAAGUAUUUUGUAUGCUUCUCUGUAACCCUUCUCUACAUCCAUGCCACCCUUAGAAAACACAUACAUGUAAUACUUGGACCAGAUUUAUCAUCCUGUGGUUGAAGCAAUUUGCUGAGAUUUAAAAUUCAGUAUUUAAUAGCCAAAGGCAAUAGUGGUGAUCUAUCAUACAUUUUAACAUUAUAAGAUGUGAUGAUACUUAGAGAAACAUAAAUUUUUCAGGUUUGCCAUUUAUUAGGAGUCUUCAUCUGUACACUGAAAAGCAAUUUCAGAAAAAAAUUUAAGUUGUUGUAGCUUCAGUUGGAUAAAAGGUUUUCCUUUAUCAGUAUUAACCAACAUUCUGACAACAUUCCCAAACCUUUUAGUAAAUAGAGCAGUCGGAGAAGGUACAGGUUCACUGAUACAUUUUUAAAUGGAAUUUGUGAAAAAUUUAAAGCUUAAAAUAAUAGAAAAAGGUAGCGUGACUCUAUCCUUUUCAUUCAAGAAAUGAUCCUUGAGGUGGGAGAAAAUAAUGGAUUUUUUUCAAAGUCUUUACUUCCAUGGUACUCAAGCAAAAAGUUGAAGAGCAGCUUGCAUUCACGUGCAGUUAAAAAAUUUAUUAUGCUAACAUCCAACCAAAAUGUACCAGUGUUUCUUAUUGAUCCUUUGAUAUUGGAAUUGAUUAAUAAGAACUUUGAACAAGUGAAAAAUACUUCUCAAGGCUCCAUUUCACAAUGCACAUUUUUCUGUGUUCCAAGAGACUUUACUGCAUUUGCACUGCAGUAUCACCUAUGGAAGAAUGAGGAAGGCUGGUUUCGGAUAGCUGAGAAUAUGGGAUUUCAGUGCCUAAAGAUUGAGAGUAAAGAUCCCCGGCUAGACGGGAUAGACUCACUUUCUGGAACUGAAAUCCCCCUGCACUAUAUCUGCAAAUUGGCCACUCAUGCGAUCCACUUGGUAGUCUUCCAUGAGAGGAGUGGCAACUACCUCUGGCACGGCCACUUGAGACUUAAAGAACACAUUGACAGGAAAUUUGUCCCCUUCCGAAAGUUGCAGUUUGGUCGUUAUCCAGGAGCUUUUGACAGGCCAGAGUUACAGCAAGUUACUGUUGAUGGACUGGAAGUUCUCAUUCCAAAGGAUCCAAUGCACUUUGUAGAAGAAGUACCACACUCUAGGUUUAUUGAGUGUAGAUAUAAAGAAGCUCGAGCAUUCUUUCAGCAGUACCUUGAUGAUAACACUGUGGAAGCCAUGGCCUUUCGGAAGAGUGCUAAGGAAUUACUGCAACUAGCAGCGAAAACAUUAAACAAAUUGGGAGUACCAUUCUGGCUGAGCAGUGGGACUUGUCUAGGAUGGUAUCGACAAUGCAACAUUAUUCCUUAUAGCAAAGAUGUCGACCUAGGAAUUUUUAUACAAGAUUACAAAUCUGAUAUUAUUUUAGCAUUUCAGGAUGCAGGACUUCCACUCAAACACAAAUUUGGGAAGGUAGAAGACAGCUUGGAACUAUCCUUCCAGGGAAAAGACGAUGUAAAACUUGACAUUUUUUUCUUCUAUGAAGAAACUGAUCACAUGUGGAACGGAGGCACUCAGGCCAAAACAGGAAAAAAAUUCAAGUACCUGUUUCCCAAAUUUACAUUGUGCUGGACUGAGUUUGUAGACAUGAAGGUCCAUGUGCCCUGUGAAACCCUCGAAUACAUUGAAGCCAACUAUGGUAAGACCUGGAAGAUUCCUGUAAAGAUGUGGGACUGGAAGCGCUCUCCUCCCAACGUGCAACCCAAUGGAAUCUGGCCUAUUUCUGAGUGGGAUGAGGUUAUCCAGUUAUACUAAGAUAAUAGGUUGAAAUGGGAGAAUUCCUAUCUUGGAAAAAAAGGUAGAUAACUGUUUAAAAAGAUACAUGUCUAUUUGUCAAACUAAGUGGGAACCAAAGAAAAAAAGGGACAAGUUUGAAGACACGGAAAGGGUCCUAACUCCAGAGCCGUCUGAUUUAAUUCUCUCAUUUAGCACUGAGGAAUUUUCAUGUGCCACAUACAAUGCUAGGUUACAGUGGAGAAGCCUAGAUGAAUGAGACAAAUACCUGCUUCUUUUAUUCCUCCCUUUGAUAAACAACUCAAUUUUUCCUCUGAGGGAACCCUCCCCCACCCUUUGAAGAGUUCAAGUUCUGUAAAAGUUUUAAAAAUGUUAACUAAUGUUUGCACUGGAGGAUGAGCUCACCAGGCAAAGCAAAGGAAGGAUAUACUAGUAAAAAAGAAUAACCUAUUCCUGUUCUGGGCAUUUAAGCUGGUAUGUUAGUGCUCCUUUUAAGAUUGUGGAGUCUGAGUUAAUACUCAAGUCAUCAGACUUUGAGUGGCAUCAAGAAAAAAUGAUAUCAGGUUCAUUUUUCAACUAAUCUUAUAUGGAAUUGAAUUAGAGAACAAGGCAUUACUCUUUUAGGGAAGGUGAGAGCUAAUUUAUAUCAGAACUUUUAUUACUUGUCAGGAUAAAUAAAUUUCUAUACCUGUACUGCUGUCAUAUUUGAAGUGAGAAGGAAGUUUAUGCUUGUGUAAUGCUUAAAUUUCAAUCCAUUGUGAGAGUAUUUUCACUGACAUCUGAUGGCACUUGUUGACAAAUCAUUCAAGUGAGACCAUGCUACUAGACAUGAUUUUGAAAGAGUCCAUGAUUUCACAAAACUCAUUUUUAUUUUAUUCUCAGUCACUCUGUUAGGUAAAAAUAUGAGAAAUUCAUGUACAUUUUAUAUUUUCUGAAUUUAUAAUCUUUGCACUCCCAAUUUUAAUGACAAUAAAAUAUUAAUAGAAUUGUUUUAAUGUACUCUAAUUUUUAAAACAUACUCUUUAUUAUCUUCAUUCAUCAAUUACAGCUUCAUUAAUUUUUGGUCUAUAUACCAAUUUAAGUGGCAUGUAAACCUACCUGUUUCUUCUCCUCUUCCUAUAUAUCGAUCUCCAAAAUGGAAGCUAAAUGGUGGGCUUGGCAACUAUUCACCCUACCUCAGAUCAUAGAAUUUGUAAAGUUUGUGUUCAUCCCUAGUUUUUCAGUCUGUUGAAUGUCGAUGGGGAAAGAACUCAGACUUCUACUUUAUCAAGUACCACACACUCUGGAACCCUUCAGUUUCCUUUUCCCCUCAAGAUGUCUGAGUCAGAUGGGAUGCUGUUUACCCCAUCUCUUCACCGGUCACUUGAAUGAUAUAUUCUAAGUGAGAGGUAAAGGAAAAUGUAGGCACAAUAAACACUGCUAUUUUUCUCUUUGUCUGGGAAAGGAAGCUGAAUCUUGUAUCUUACCUAUGCUAUUUGGGACUACUUCCUGGAGCUUGGCAGAUUUUCCUCUGAAACCAGAGAACAAUAGGGGUCUCAAAAAUGGGAACCUGAACAUCUGAGGGAAUGGGCUGAUAGACUUUCCCAAAAACAAAUUAGGGAAAGUAACUUACAACCACCCCAUUCCAAAUUUUUAAAGCAACAUGAAAACCUUCUUUGAUAAAUGAUAACCAACAGUCUUCCUGACUUAAGUUGCAUUCUCAGUGCAGAAUUAUUGGGUUUUUCUUAAAUAACAUGAGCAGGUAUCUGGGGACCUUUAAGAUUAUCAGUGGACUUGUCCCAAAAUGGCACAUCAUCAUCAUCAUCAGUUUUCUCUUUGCUGGAAAAUCAGCCCAUAGAGUACAUUCCCAAAUUCUAAAUAGCUGACCCUACAUUUGUUUUUCAUGCUCAAACAUAAUAUAACAAAUAAUAACAGUAUUUUGGGGCAAAAUCCACCCUACUUGAUGAGGACCAUUUGCUUGUGCUCAGUAUCUAGAAAUGCAUACACUCCACAUUUCUGCCCAUUUCAAAUUGGGACUCCCAUUCUUUGCCAGGAGAUCUUACCCAUCUGUUUACAGAUUAAUCUUUUAUCCUUUCCUGGAGUACAAAGGCUUAGAGUGUCUGAAAUCUAAGACAUCUUGGCCCCAUUGACACAGGGUCUAUAUUCUUCCCUACAUAGACCGCUGGCUGCUCAAAUACUUGUCUUCUGGUUUCACAGGCUUCAGCUCAUGGAUUCUGCCCUAACUUCGGGUAACAAAAGCCUUCCCCUAGAAUGUGAAGGCCAGACAUACCUCUGAUUCUGAUUCAUCCAUACUUCAUCUUAUGUUUUUUAACAGUUGGAUUCUGCUGAGUCUCCAGAGACCUUGGGUUAAGUAUGUCCAUCUUCAGUAGCUCAUUGGAUCACUUUUCUUUCCUCACUUGAGUAUUCUAGCAGUCAUUCUCCUAAUCUGACCACUUUCAGGUUUAGUUUACCUGGCUUACCUGGGGAAGCUGACAACUUGUUGGUAGUUAGGCACUCAUGGAUGUCUUCAGAGACAUCCUGAGAGGCAAGAUUCCUCUUAAUUGACAACCAGGACAACCAGGUAGUCACCCAGUCCCUCUCUAAGCAGGGAGCACUUUUCCUUCUCUCCUCUGCUGCAGCUACUGAUAUCUGGCCCCUGGAAUAAAACCAUAGUUCCUAAAAUUGAGCAUCCCUAAGAGUAGCUGCUUGGUGGGACAUCUGAUUUCUUUGAUUCCCUAGCUGCAAAACCUGAAAUAUGACCACUAGCUGACAGAAUGUUUGCCAGUAUCCCCACAAAACAAGUUAAAACUUAAGUGAAAGUAAUUCUGCUUUUGAAUCUUGAAAGAGACCAUAUGUAAUAUUCAUUUUAAACCCUCUUACUUUAUAACUAAAUAAAUAAUGGCAGAAAGGAAUGAUCUAAACAAGAACAGCUGAGGCUAAAACCCAAGACUGCCAUGACUUCUAGUCCGAUGUCUGUUUUGCAUCACAACACAGUAUCUUUAAUAGUGCUUGAGAUGCUUAACAGAGAAGUCAUCCAGUGCUUCAUUGAGUCCAAGUCUUAGGGUAUUUCUGCCACUUAGUAUCUUUUUGUUCAGAUUGAGAACCUAAGGCGACAGAGAGGUCAAGGGGAAGUAUUUUCUUGUUCAGAAUUCUUAGGCAACCUUCAUACCUUUAUCUGGAAAAUGCCUUCUCUCCAGACAAUAAGAUAGUUCACAUCUGGAGACAUCAGCCUUUAGUACCUAAUUCUCUAAGCUCAAAAUGCAUCCCAUUGCCACUUCACCAUUCUGUUUCCCAAAGGAAGCAUCAGCACCAACCUGCUAAAUGCCUGUAUUUGAAGAGUCUCUCCCCUUCCUACAGUGACCUUUCAUGAGGCCCUUUCCUUCCUAAGGGACCUUUACCUGGUAGUAGUGGUCUCAUUCACAAAAAAGAAUAACAUAUAUAACUGGAGUACUUUGCCGUUUUUGGGAUUUUUUAAAUCUGCUUGGCUGGAAAGGAGACUAGAGUAUCUCGUUUUUAGUAUAAACUACUUUUAAUUAUUUAUAUUGAUACUCUCUGAUAAAUGCAAGUAUUUAAGAAUAGAUAGUACUCAUUCUUUUUUAAAUUUGUGAUGUCAAACCAUUGUUUUUAUUCUUACACAACUACAGUACUUCAGAUGGCACAUAGAUAGGCAGGAUAUUACAUAGGUAAGCAAGAAUUUAUACAUUGGGUACCAGAGCUAAAUCUGGAAAACACAUUUGGAAUGAGUUUCCACACUUCAGUCUAAAAUCUCACCCAAACUUAUGGCUACACAUUUUUCUGUUUCCCCCUGGUUUCACCUUCUGGAAAGUGAACAGUUUUUUAAAUCCUAAAUGUUAUAAAUCCUUAGGAGAAAUAUUCCCUCAAAACCUAGUCAGAGAAAGUGCCACAUUCCUGCCUUCUAACAGGUAAUUAUUAGUUGUAACAGCUUUAAUGCAUGGAAAAACUUCAGUUACCAACCAGUCAAGAGACUUUCUCAAGAAAAAUCCCAGCAGUUAUCCCUCUUUCCUCCUUGUCUUACACCAUUAUUAAGACCUGGGCUAGAUCACCUACAACAUCUCACUUAGGGAAGGCAAUGUGUUGCCAUAAAAAGACCACAAGCUUUUGAGUGAGGCUUGAAUUUGAAUUUCAGCUUAAUCAUGUGGGAUUUAUGGUGGGGGCCCUUUCAGUCUCAACUUCCACAUUAGUGAGCGGGGGAAAUGAUACAUACUUCUAAGGGUUUUUAGGGUGAUUAAAUGAAGUAUACAGUUCUUAGCCUCAGGUCUAGGAUUAAGUAAGUACUCAAGAAAUGUGCAGUUUUUCUACUUCCAUGUUUCUUUUCUAAUCUUCAAAUGGAAUUAUAGAAACCGUGGGUCAGAACACAUUGCUUUACUCAAAAUGUUGCAAGACUGAAUUUGCUUAAGAAAAAAAAAAAUGCUAUCAAGUCAUUAAAAAUUAAAUUGUAUGGUUUAUGAAUUCAGAGACAUUACCAGUUUGCCUCCUUCUCUCAAUAGAACUUGUAUUUUCAUUUUCUUGGUUAAGCAUUUGUCUCCUAAUCUUAUCCCAUAUGCUACCUAGUUUGCUGGUCCCAAGCAGUUCACUGUACUUCCCUAGAUUUGGUGCCUACUCUCCCCUGGACUUCUUUUUCAAUAUUCUAGCCUUUCCUAGAUGUAAAUCUUUACCUCCUUGUUAGUGAAAUUAGAUAUAAGCCAUGAUUUGGAAAGGGAAGAAAUCUGGAAUACUUAGUUUCAUUCAAUUGUCUAUACUGGUGAAUGCCUGUGUCAUUGUUAAUAAAGGAGAAUUGAAAAUACUCAUUUCUACUUUCUGCCCCCAAAUUUGUGUUUCUUUCUCAACUAGGCAAGAAGCAGCAGGGUGCAUGAUGCCAUUUUAGGCUGCUUCACAUCAGACUGAAAUCCUAAUUAUAGUUUAUAAGUGAAACAAACUAAUUCAAUGGUGAUACCUUUUGUAUAGGUACUGUGCUUAAAGGAGGCAAGUAUAAAUUUUCUAACAAGAAAUCCCUGCUUCUGUUGGGUGCAGUGGCUCACAUCUGUAAUACCAGCAGUUUGAGAGGCCAAGGCGGGUGGAUCACUUAAGGCCAGGAGUUCGAGACCAGCCUGGCCAACAUAGCAAAACCCGGUCUCCUUUAAAAAUACAAAAAACUUAGCUAGGCAUGGUGACACGCGCCUAUAGUCCCAGCUACUCGGGAGGCCGAGGCAGGAGAAUCACUUGAACCCAGGAGGCAGAGUCUGCAGUGAGCCAAGAUCGCACCAUUGUGCUGCAGCCUGGGGUGAUAGAGCAAGACUCUGUCUCAAAAAAGGAAAAAAAAAUAAAAAAGGAAAGAAAGAAAUCUCUGCUUCUGCUUCUGUACUAUCAAAACUUCUACCCUAGAAUGCCCCGUGGCACCUUCUAACCCAACCUAAUACAGAGAUUAUGUAGGAACCCAUUAACAAGCUGCUAUAUAAUUAUAAGCAGCUCUCACAGUAGGGUUGGAAGAGAGUAUGAGGAAAACUAGAAGUACUGUAUUUUUGCUAUUAGAAAUGAAACAUUAUUUCAUGCACCUUUGAAAAAAAUAACAGGAUUUUACAGCCUUCUGAUGAUUCAUUCAAAGCAUGGGGAAUAGUUCAUAUGUUUGUUAAAUGAAAAUCUUAUGUAGCUAUUUGUGUGUCCCUCCCACUUCAUAACUACAAAAACAUAUAUAUGAAUUUCUAAACAAAGUGAUAUUUUGAAGAUGAAUAGAUUCAAUGUGUACUUACCAGUUGACUAUUUCGUUUUAUCUUCAGGUACAGAUAGUUUGUGGUACUACUUGAAAAUACCUUUAAUAUUAUUUUCAUCAGAAUUUGUAAUAUAUAAUCCAGUUUGGGAUGAUGAAUAAAAUUUUUCUAAUCUCCUGA